GUAAUGUGGACCCAAAAACUGUGAAAACUACUCCCUCACUCUAACUGCCAUUUCACAACGACCCCCACCGACGCAUAAAGGCCGCCCCCGCCAUCAUCUCCCUCCCCAAAUCCCCUCCGCCGUGGGUCGCGCCGCCGUAAUUUCUAAUUUUUUACGAACUUUUUUCCUUACAGAAAAAAGUACAGUAAAAAUUAGAAAAAAUCGAAAUUUAUUUCCCUCUCAUCGUCGCCUUCAAAAAGCCAAACCCUCUGCCCAAAUUUCCUCCAUGGGCGUACUGAUCUUCCUCUCAUUCCCUCUUCUUCUGUUGCUAUUCCCGCAGUCUCGCCAUAUUCCCGUUCCUCUCUCUCACUAAUCCUCGGCAUUGCAUCAUGGGUGCCGAAUUUCCGGGAAUUGUCAGGCUCAGAUGCUCAGUGAAGAGGUACGAAUGGGGCAAGGUUGGGGAAGAAUCGGGUGUGGCGCGUCUAUAUGCCAAUAAUAGUGGGGAGGAGAUCGACGGUGAUGAGCCGUUCGCCGAAUUCUGGAUGGGGACCCACGAGUCGGGGCCUUCAACCGUUGUGGCCAACUGCCAAAUGCGGAAUGGUGGUGUGGAGAGGGAGGGCGGCCUCAAGCGGAAUCACUAUAAUUUAGUGAGUUUGAAGGAGUGGAUUGAGAAGAACCCUAGCGUGCUUGGGGAUAAGGUGUUCCAAAAAUGGGGUCCCAAUCUCCCCUUUCUCUUCAAGGUACUUUCAGUUGCAAAGGCUCUGUCGAUACAAGCUCAUCCAGAUAAGAGUUUAGCUGCAAUCCUACAUAAGCAACAGCCAGAAGUGUAUAAGGAUGAUAAUCACAAGCCUGAGAUGGCUUUGGCGCUCACUGAGUUCGAGGCUCUGUGUGGUUUCGUUGGUCUCGAGGAAAUUAAAACUGUUCUCCAAAAUGUACCUGAGAUCUCUGAAGUGGUUGGAACUGCAUCGGCAAAUCAAGUAUUACAUUUAAGCAAAGAGGCUGGGGAAAAGAAACGAAAAGAGGUUCUGCAAUCUCUAUUUACUAAACUUAUGUCUGCUAGCAAGGCCGUCAUAUCUGAUGCAGUCUUCAAGUUGAUAAGUCGACUGAACAUAAAGAGCAAGGUGAGGGGGCUGACUGAGAAGGAGGAACUAGUUUUGCGGCUUGAAAAGCAAUACCCAGGGGAUGUUGGUGUCAUUGCAUCUUUCUUGUUUAAUUAUGUCAAACUUAAUUCUGGUGAAGCCCUAUAUUUGGGUGCAAAUGAACCUCAUGCAUAUCUCCAUGGUGAAUGCGUUGAGUGCAUGGCGACGUCAGACAAUGUUGUACGAGCUGGUCUUACCCCAAAGAAACUCGAUGUUCAAACUCUAUGUUCCAUACUCACAUACAAACAGGGUUUUCCAGAAAUUCUUCAUGGAGUUCCUUCAAAUCCUUAUACAGUAAAAUAUCUCCCGCCUUUUGAUGAAUUUGAGGUAGAUCAGUGUAUUCUUCCUCAAGGAGCAUCGACUGUCUUUCCUGCCAUUCCUGGUCCUUCUGUAUUUCUGGUUGUGAAAGGGAGAGGAACAGUGCGGCAGGCAUUUUCGGAAGAGUUAGUUGGCGAAGGAGAUGUGCUGUUUACGCCUGCAAACGCGCAGAUCAGUGUGAGAACUACUUCAGGCUUGAGUUUGUAUAGAGCGGGAAUUAGCAGCAGGUUUUUCAAGUAGCAAGUGUGUGACAAUUUUUUCCCCCUUUUCCGAGUGUCCAUGUAUUGCUGCCGUCUUGUAAUAUUUAUAGCGUAUGAUGUAUAUGUACCCAUAUUUGUACACAGAUCCUACCACACAAAUAAAUUAUUAUCAAUGAAACUCAUAAUCCAUCUUCUCAGUA